GGUACCGCCAUCAAGAUGAGGCCAGCACGACUUCAACUCGAGUAUGACUGCAAGUUUCGCAUUGAACCCUGUCUAUUUCCGAGUACACUGGACUUGCGCUAGGCUCGUGACCAUACUGUCUAUUAUUAAACAAACCGGACAGACAAUUCACCAUCAAUCUAAUUUCCGAGGCGCUUUGACUUACAUGCACAACUUGAAUGCAUUCCAAUUCACAUCGUGCCGGGGGCGAGCCAGAGUUCAGUGCUAGCGCCCGGCUCUACCUCUCAGUACUACGAGAUCUAAGUGGUCCAUUUUGCACAUUGUACUAUGGAUUCAGCGACCAAAAGUUCUGUUGUCCCUGUGUCGCUGACGGAUUCCAGUUCCCAAGCUCGCGAAACUACCGAAAGGUCUAGGACAGGGACCGCUAUUUUGGCGCAUGGACAACUUGUUGCGACCCCUACAUCUGAGUCUACUAUCACACCUGUGCCCUCUAGACCUCUCUCGUACGUCGAGCACACACAGGCCGUAGAGUCUGGCACUGGCACUAGUUCAACGCAGGUGGACCCUACACCUCUGAAUCUGACAACAAGAUCUACUUCAGACCCUGCUUCUCAAACAUCAGAAAGGCAUUUGUCGUCGAAAACAAAUGGCCCGUAUCCUGCUAGGUACUCAAGGCGCGGUGCUCAAAGCGCUUCAGGAGAAUUCGAUCACCUCGCGCGUGGAACGAGUAGGGGCAGAGAUUUCCUCCCUCGGAGGGCGACUUUGCAGAGGUAUCCCAGUCUCCCAAGUGACUUGGUUCCAAAGACUACCUCGCAGCUCAUCUGCACUGUCCGGGAGCGCCUACAACCAACUGUCCAAGCAGCUGAACAUGAGAAAGCCAAAUACGCAGCCAAAGCGAAGUGGACAAGCUAUGCACUAAACAUUGCCAUUGGCCUGCAAGUUCUUCUCGCUAGCCUGACUACUGGUUUGUCUGCAGUCGCAAUUGGAAAGCAGGCCUCUGUCAUGAUCGUCAUACUUGGGGCGCUCGCUACUCUAGUCGCAUCAUACCUCGCUCGUAUGCGUGGUUCAAAUGAACCAGAGCUUUCAAUCACCCGAGUGAAAGACCUUGACCAAUUUCUACGAGAAUGCAAAGCAUUCCAGCUAGAUCACGGUAACGAGUCAGGAACCAGUGAGAAUGGGCUCAAUAAAAGAGUGGAGGAGUUCCGGUCCAGAUUUGAGGAUUUGCUUGGAAAUGGAGAUGGUCAACGGAGACUAUCUGCCGUCUGAUUUCUUCGUGCCGUAGUUCUAUAUAAAGUCUCUGUGUUGGUCGGAAUCUCGUAUAACUCUUUGUUUAUCGUCAAGUUGUAUUGUAUCUGAUUUAUGUAAUUUUUGCUGCGGAC